CUCUGGGGUAGGAUUUCUAUGGAGGAGAAUAGCCUGCUCUAUGAUAAGAUUUCCAGGGGAUUAUUCUCUCUCUCUCUCUCUCUCUCUCUCUCGUAUCAAUAUCUGGAUUUUUUUCUUCGAAGUAAUUGUAAUUCAAGUGACAAGAUCGUGCUGUUGCAUUCAAAUGCUCUUCCCCCCUCUCUAUCUCUUUCUCUCUUUCUCUCUCUCUCUCUCCAAUUAAUUCAUUUACAUUUACAGACAGCAUUUUUCUAUGGUAGAAUUUUUUGUACAAGGUCAAGGUAUACGCAUAGUGCAUAAAUUAUACCUUUCGUACACAAUUGUUACUUUAGCUCUAUACAGUUUAUACGAGAUAAUUUUCAUAUCUAAUAUAUGCUUGACCUAACAUAAUUAAAACGACGCAACGUUGCCAUAUAUGGCAAUCGUUCUGAAGACGGAUUUCACUAACCGCAUAUAAAAAGGACAGAGCGUCAGGCUUGCGUUCAUUUACGCCGAUUAGAACAUCUGUUGAUUUGUUCAAGUUAAACUUUGGAGAAAAAAAUGGAUGACGAUGAUGUUGCAGCUUUAGUUAUUGAUAAUGGAUCCGGAAUGUGCAAGGCCGGAUUCGCCGGAGAUGAUGCCCCCAGGGCCGUGUUUCCCUCCAUUGUUGGUCGACCCAGACAUCAGGGUGUAAUGGUUGGUAUGGGACAGAAAGACAGCUAUGUAGGAGACGAGGCCCAGAGCAAGAGAGGUAUCCUCACCCUCAAGUACCCCAUUGAACACGGUAUCGUCACCAACUGGGACGACAUGGAGAAGAUCUGGCAUCACACCUUCUACAAUGAACUCCGUGUGGCCCCAGAGGAACACCCCGUCCUCCUGACCGAGGCCCCACUUAACCCCAAGGCCAACAGAGAAAAGAUGACACAGAUUAUGUUCGAAACCUUCAACUCUCCCGCCAUGUACGUCGCUAUCCAGGCCGUACUUUCCCUGUACGCUUCCGGUCGUACAACUGGUAUUGUACUGGAUUCCGGAGACGGAGUAUCUCACACAGUACCCAUCUAUGAAGGUUACGCCCUUCCCCACGCCAUCAUGCGAUUGGAUCUCGCUGGACGUGAUCUGACCGAUUACCUCAUGAAAAUCCUAACAGAACGUGGUUACUCCUUCACAACCACAGCUGAAAGAGAAAUCGUCAGAGACAUUAAAGAGAAAUUAUGCUAUGUUGCUCUGGACUUUGAAAAUGAAAUGCAAACUGCUGCAUCCUCAUCGUCCUUGGAGAAGAGUUACGAACUUCCGGACGGUCAGGUUAUUACCAUUGGAAACGAGCGAUUCAGGUGCCCAGAGGCCAUGUUUCAACCAUCUUUCCUUGGAAUGGAAUCUUCUGGUAUCCAUGAAACCACAUACAACAGUAUCAUGAAGUGUGAUGUUGAUAUCCGUAAAGACUUGUACGCAAACACAGUAUUAUCUGGUGGUUCAACCAUGUACCCUGGUAUUGCUGACCGUAUGCAGAAAGAAAUCACAGCUUUAGCUCCUAGCACAAUGAAAAUUAAGAUCAUUGCCCCACCAGAGAGGAAAUACUCCGUCUGGAUCGGUGGUUCCAUCCUUGCUUCUCUCUCCACCUUCCAACAGAUGUGGAUCAGCAAACAGGAAUACGAUGAAUCGGGUCCAUCCAUUGUCCACAGGAAGUGCUUUUAAUGAGAACUAAUAUUAAUGUUUAGCAGCUUAAAUCAAAUUAAAAUUAGCACAUUUA